AUGGCCGUCAUGCGAAAUCUUGCUCUGGCGCUCGCCUCCCUGACGGGUGUCCUUGCGAGCCCCGUCCCCCUCGCGGACACCACCAUCACCACCACAACUGCCGACUCGCGCGCCGUCACGCCGGGCAACACCUCGACCGCGCUCCGGAGCAACGACUUCUCAUGCCGGAGCAGCUUGCACCCCUCGCCGGUGGUCCUCCUGCACGGCCUCGGCGCCAGCGAGCAAAUCGACCUCAACUUCCUCGAGGUGUGGCUGCGUGCGCGCGGCUUCUGCACCUUUGCGCUGACGUACGGCUCGUACGCGCCCUACGUGCCCAUCCUCGGCGGCCUCAAGCCCAUCGCCGAGUCGUCGCUCGAGAUCGCCUCCUUCGUGCGCGAGGUGCAGGCGCGCACGGGGGCCGCCAAGGUCGACCUCGUGGGCCACUCCGAGGGCGGCUUCCAGGCGCUCUACACGCCCAAGCUGGGCGGGCUGGCGGCCAGCGACGUGGGCCGCGUGGUGGCCAUCGCGCCGCCCACGCACGGCACCAGCUUCGCGGGGCUGUACAACCUCGCGUACGUGUUCGGCAGCGGCAGCCGCGAGGCGGUCGGGGCGGUGCUGCGCGCCGUGGGGUGCGCCGCGUGCGACGACCUGGGGCCCGACGGCGGCGCGGUGCGGCGCCUCAGCGGCGACGGGAGGCCGAUUGCGCAGCCGGGCCAGGCCGUCACGGUGAUUACGUCGCGGGCCGACGAGCUGGUGACGCCGACGCGGACGUCGUUUGUCGACGAGCCGGGCGUGCACAACAUCUACGUGCAGGACUACUGCCCGCUGGAUCCCGUGGGACACAUUGGCGAGGCCGUCGACGUGAAUGUCUGGAACCUGGUGCUCAACGCGCUGGAGGACAAGGCUGGCCGUAAGUUUGUGUGCUUGGCCGGUCCGCCUGGGCGAUAA